AUGCUCCUUUCUGAUAUUGGAUACAACACAUGGGGAAUUACGAACGGUAUGUUUGACUUGUAUGGCUGCGGAUCAUGUAACUGCCCAACGUGUGCAUCUGGAGCACCGCUGUGCGACCAUCCAGAGGAUCCAAUUCCGGUUCAAGAUCAGUGCACGUGUGUAUGUCCUGCCGAGGGUUACGAAGACCCAGGUGAAGUUAGCAAUGAUGCUAUUGCUGCAUCAAUUGCUUCACCGAUUACAAUGACGCUCCUGGUUCCGGAAGACAAAAUCUUGUCAACAAUCCCUACAAUUGAAUCUGGUUUGGUUGAAGUUGGAGAUGUGGUGCUUACAAUCAAGGACCGCAAGAUUGAUAUUACUGUGACUACGAUUGGCUCAUACACAAUUGACCAAGUCAAUGUGUAUAUUGGAGCUGAACGCCUUCCAGUGGAUGCACAGGCCUUACAAAAUGGUGAGACUUUGAUGCCCUCUGAAGUAUUCCCGUAUCACAAUGAUGCAAACGAUGCACAGGAAGUAUCUUUCAGCCUUCAAGUACCCAGCUACAAUUUCUACGUUGCUCUGCAUGCAGUAGUGUGUGAAACAACCGCCAGUCCUACUAUGGUGCCAACAACUUCACCAUCCGCUCUUCCAACAACUGCUUCUCCAACAGUUAUCAGUGGCCAUCCCAGUGCAGCGCCAACAACAAAUAUCCCAACGACUACGUAUCCCACCGCUAUUCCAACACAGACACCAACAGGCACACCAACGGACACACCAACGGGCACUCCCACGGGCACUCCCACCGGCACUCCCACCGGCACUCCCACCGGCACUCCCACCGGCACUCCCACCGGCACUCCCACCGCACACCCACCGGCACCACACCCACCGGCACCCACCGGCCACCCACCGGCACACCAACCGGCACACCAACCAGUCCACCCACCGGCACACCAACCCGAACUCCUACAGGAACACCAACAGGCACCCCAACUGGAAUGCCAACUGGUUCCCCAACCUCAAGCCCAACCACCAUGGCCCCUACCGUUGCCAGUGGCCACCCCAGUGCUUCACCCACAACUGUUAGCCCAACAACCGAAAAUCCCACAUCAAGCCCAACAGGAUCGCCAACUGGAACACCCACCGGAACCCCUACAGGAACCCCACAGGCACACCAACUGGAAUCCCCACAGGAACACCAACUGGAACUCCUACAGAUCCCCAACUGGAACACCCACCAGAACCCCACAGGAACCCACAGGCACACCAACUGGAACCCCAACUGGAUCCCCAACUGCAAGUCCAACAUCUUUUCCCACUGGUACACCCACUGGUACACCCACUGGUACACCCACUGGAACACCCACUGGUGGAACACCCACUGGAACACCCACUGGAACACCCACUGGAACACCCACUGGUACACCCACUGGUACACCCACUGGUACACCCACUGGUACUCCAACAGGAACUCCGGCCCCUACAAUUUUUCCAACGGUAUCUCCAACAGGUAUACCUACAGGAAGCCCUACAAGUACGCCCACAGACACCCCAACCGGAGCACCAACUGGAACCCCCACUGCAAGCCCUACUGGUACUCCAACAUCAAGCCCCACACAUCUGCCAACUGAAAUCCCAACAACAAUCGCACCAACUUCUGUGAGUGGCCACCCCAGUGCUUCGCCCACAACUGUUAGCCCAACAACUGGAACCCCCACAUCAAGCCCAACAGGAUCUCCAACUGGAACCCCCACGGGCACACCAACUCAAUCCCCAACAGGAAGUCCAACGUUUGCUCCCACGAGUUCGCCAACAGGCUCACCCACUGGCACGGGAACACCAACUGGACCGCCCACAGGAACACCAACAGGAUCGCCCACUGGCACGGGAGCACCAACUGCAGCUCCAACCGGCAGGCCAACUUAUGUUCCAACGAAGAACCCUACUACCCAGCCCACAUUAGCUCCCACAGGCAGUCCUACUGUAGCCCCUACCCGAAAUCCCACUGGCCAACCCACAAGAAACCCCACAGAGCUGCCAACCAUUGCUCCAACAACCCCUACACCAACGGUUGCAAGUGAUCACCCCAGUGCUGCACCCACUACUACCAGCCCGACAAUCUCCCCUACAGAUUUACCAACAACUCGUCCAACCCUGCUUCCUACUGAAGUUCCCACAGAGACUCCAACUCUGUCACCAACAGACACACCAACAGUUGUUCCAACAACUGGACCAACUGUUCUUCCCACAGAAGUUCCUACUGAAACCCCAACUGGCAUUCCAACUGCUCAACCCUCAUAUGUACCAACUAAAACACCAACAAGUGAACCAACCACUGACCAACCAACUACUACAACUAUGUCCCCCACUGGAAUCCCUACAAGGAUCCCGACCCAAGUCCCCACUGAAAACCCAACCAGCACACCAACUAAAGAACCAACUUCAGAAGCACCAUCUACUCUCAGCCCAUCCAAGGUCACCGGAGCUCCAACUGGCUCACCAACAGGAAUCCCUACAGGAUCCCCAACCACAACGCCAACUUCUUUCCCAACAGUCACCCCAACGGCUAUCCCAACCACAAACCCCACAGAAAGCCCAACAACGCUCUCACCAACAGUCGUUAGUGGUCACCCCAGUGCUGCACCAACAACUGAAAACCCAACCACGGCAUCGCCAACAGCAAGUCCAACAUCUUCACCCACUGGAACUCCAACAGGUACACCAACAUCAUCACCAACUGGUCUUCCAACUGUCAGCCCAACAACAUUGAAUCCAACAGUUGCAAGUGGCCGCCCCAGCGCUGCACCUACUACUAUUAGCCCUACAACAGGAACACCUACUUCCACCCCAACUGGUAACCCAACAGGAUCUCCCACAGGAACGCCGACAGUCAAUCCUACUGCAAACCCCACUGGUACACCAACCUCAAGUCCCACUGGAGUACCAACAGGAACACCGACGAUAUCCCCGACAACGCUCGCUCCUACUGUAACAAGUGGAAACCCCAGUGCAGCACCUACUACCUCCAGCCCAACAACGGGAAUUCCAACUGUUGCUCCCUCGGAGCAACCAACAACCCCAACCCCAACCACUCUGACACCCACAGUUGUAAGUGGUCACCCAAGUUCAUCCCCAACCUCCCUGGCUCCUACCACAUCGAGCCCAAGCUACGAGUGUGUAUUGGAGGUGGGACUGGACAACCAAGACUACACUGUGGAUGCUCCAGAGAGUGAUCUGGCAUCAUUGUAUGCACCAAACUUCUCUCAGUUCCUUGGUCUCCUUGGAUCUGGAAGCAACAACAUGGGUGUUUCCAUUACCAUCCCUCCAAGCACUGGAGAAGCCAUGAAUGCUGACUUGCUCAGCAUUGAGUUCAACCUGUACCAGGUUGAUGAAUGGAAUCCUCAAGACAAGAUCUUUUUGCAGAUUGGAGACAUUGAAAUUGAUCUGGGUGAGAUGGACGCCACAAGUGUCAGUGAACCCCUUGAUGGCUAUGAAGGUGGCAUCACUUGGCACCGUGACACUGUCACACAGUGUGUCAAUCUUGACUUUGGAGAUCAAAUGGAUAAGAAGCAUGUUGUGGAGCUGACAAUCCCUUCCAGCCUGUUCCCAGACAACAAGCUGGACAUUGGUUUCCGGGUUGAGACAAGUCUGGACCUUGGUUCUGAGAGUGCGGUGGUAGAUGAACUUCGAGUCACUGCUCACUAUGACUGUGAAACCUCAGGACCAGUAUCAACCUUGGCUCCUUCAGCCCCAAGCCCCACUACCUUGGCUCCCAAUGGAAUUCCCACAACCAGCAGCCCCACAACUCCAGCACCCACCAUGCUGCCCAGAUGUGCACCAACGGCUGCACCAACGUCCAUUGCCCCGUCCUCAGCAGCACCAUCUACUCUCAGCCCAUCCAAGGCCACAGGAGCUCCAACUGGUUCACCAACUGAAUCCCCAACCACAACUCCAACUUCUUUCCCGACAGUCACCCCAACGGCUAUCCCAACCAGCACAGAGGCCCCCACCAUUGCACCCACAAGCCAAACUGUCUCUCCUACUUCCCCCACUUCAGUUCCCACUCCAUCAACCCCAUAUGUCUGCAAAGAUGCAUGGGCACAUCAUGCUGUUGCAGCCAUUUCAUUUUAUGAUAUUGGUUACUCUAGUUUUGGAUGGACUAAUGGAAAUUUCGAUCUCUAUUCCUGUGGAUCCUGUGGGUGCCCUGUCUGCUCCUCAGGAAGCCCAAUCUGUGAUCGCUCAGAGGAAAUUUUGCCUCCCCUUGACAAGUGCACAUGUGUGUGCCCAGGAGGUGGAGCAGGGGAUGAAGAUCAUUUGUCCAGCCCAUUCAUUGUUGCUUCAAUCGCAACCCCGGUGGUUCUUGAAUUGUAUGCUUCAUCAUCCAGUGCUGGCGAGCCUGAGGGGCCUAUUCUGGGCACUGUCAUGGUCAGAUUUGAUGACAAGCAGGCCUCUGUUACCUAUUCCACGUCUGCUGGCUAUGUCCUCUCAGAGUCCAACCUGUAUUUAGGAGACACUCGUAUCCCGUCUGCUGAUACAGGAAAUGGUACGGCGACACCUGAACUGGAUGUUUUCCCUCAUAGAUCUGAAACAGAGACAAAGGAGGAAACUUUCUCCUUUGAGAUGGAUACAUAUGAUUUCUACAUCGCUGCUCAUGGAAGAGUCUGUGGGCAUUUCCCAACAGAAGCACCCAGCUCCGCUCCAACUGCUGCUCCUUCUGUAUCAACUCCUGUACCAACAAAGAGUCUGACCCCAAGGGCGCCCAGUGGCACACGAGCUCCUACUAGCCAGACACAGGCACCAAGCACAACAUUGUCACCAACUUCCAUCACAACAGCACCAACAGCACCAACAACACCAACAAGUGAGCCCAGCAAUACCAUUUCUCCAUCUUUUUCCCUGUCCGAUAUUUCAAGGCAGCCAACAAGCCAGCCGAGUAUUUGCGAAGACCAUCGGACAAUUACUUAUGAGGACUUUGAACACUAUGACUGGAGCUGGAAGGGUGGCAACGUGACCAGACACCAUGAGUUUAGUACUUUCCUUGGAAGAUUAGGCGAGCACACGCCAACGGUCUCAAAGGAGUUCCGUGUCCCUCCUGAUGCAGAUCACAUUACUGUUGAAUUCCUCUUUUACGAGAUUGAUUUUUGGUGCAGCUGUGACCACAUCACCGUUGAGGUUUGCGACACUCAAGUUGAUUUGGGCAAGUUCACUCCCGGCGAUCGUGGAUAUGUGGAGGGAGAAGUUGAUGGUAUAAUUUGGUCAAGCAACAGUCUAACUGGUUCAAACAUGAUGGGCUUCAAUGGAUUCAACGACCAGAAGCAUGAGAUGAGAAUGACAAUUCCGGCCAGUUGUUAUGCAUCAGGAUUUUUGGACCUUGCAUUCAAUCUUACGACAAGCGACCUCGCUAGUGGUGGUGUGGACAAUUUGAACAUUACUGCUUUUGGACUCUGUGGUAUUUACUAUCCUGAUGUUGAGAUUGACUAUGUUGAUAUUGAAGCAGGUGGGCCAACGCAAAGCUUGGAACCUUCGGCAUCCCCUAGCGUUUUCCCAAGUGCUGCGCCAUCGUUCAGCAAGGAUGAUUCCACAUGCACAGAGGCCAGAAUGGUUGUCUUUGAGGACUACGAGGGAUACUACGACAACAGCUGGGUUGGAGGUGAAGUAAAUGAUGAUUAUCAAUUGCAGUUCAGCCACUUCCUGGGACGAUUUGGGCGCGACCAAAACAGAGCAUCGAAAACUUUUGAUGUUCCAAAGGACGCCAAGAGCCUAACUGUGGAGUUCUUGUUUUAUGAAAUUGACAGCUGGGAGCACCGUGACAGGCUUCUAUUCAUCGUCGGCAGUACGAGGUUGGACUUGAAGCAAUUUGGCAUCAAAGACCCGGCAGAGCCAAAGAACUUGUACUCUGCAUCAGGCAAAGCCAGUGGCAUUUCAUGGCAAAGAAAGACGGAAACAGAAUCUACAAACUUGGGAUUUUCGUCCUUUGCUAAAGACCAAAAGCAUCGCGUGUCUGUGUCGAUUCCAUCAAGGUAUUAUGCUGAAACCGGCAAGCUGAAGUUGGGAUUCUAUUUGGAAACCAGCCAUGAUGUCUGGAGUGAGAGUGGUGGAAUUGACAACUUCAAGAUCACCGCCCACGGAACUGACUGCCAGUCAGAGGCGUCUUCAAGAACAGCAUCGGAUGUUGACAGCGAAGUCUGCGCACACUUCUGGGGUGAUCCACACGUAGUGACAUUUGAUGGCUUGAAGUAUGACUGUCAGGGAGAGGGCGAAUUUGUUCUGCUCAAGUCCCUGACAUCCGAAUUCACCGUCCAAGGUCGCUUUACUUCUUUUGAGGAAAGUAAGAGGGUUGCCGUCACUAGGAGUUAUGUUGUACAAACUGGUGACGAAGGUGUCCCAAAAAUUCAGCUGACUGCACCGGAGGAUGCUAUCGGUGGAUGCACCGUAGAGUUGCUUGUCGACGGUGUUCCUCGUGACAUCUAUACCGAAGGAACGGGCAGUGACUUUGUGCAAGUUCAGGUUGUUGGACACAAAGGAACACAGAGAGUGACGGUUUACUACCCAAGCACGGGACUGCACUUCACAUCGCUCCUGUCAGAUUCUGAAUCAUACGGAUGUUAUCUGUCCUCCAGCAUGUGUUUGCCAGAUGACUACCGCACCGAUGAAAACUUUGUGGGCCUUCUCGGUUCUCCCAAUGGAAACAGAAAGGAUGAUUGGAUGACUCCACAAGGGUCCCCUGUUUCUAUCCUUGGAGACAAGCGUUUUGAACCGGCCUACAAGUAUUGCACAGAGAAUUGGUGCGUCCGCAACCGUGCGGACUCUCUCUUCUCCCAUGCAACUGAGCAGAGCUUCAAUGAUGUGUUCAACUGCGAUGCACCCUACAACACUGAAAUUGAGGAAGCCGUUGCCAAUGCACCCGAAGAUUUGAUUGAAAUGUGUAAUGGUGACAUUACAUGCAUCAUCGACGGCGUUGCCGGAAACAUUGAUGACGCUGAAACAGACCUUGAAAAUGAAGCCGAGUUGAUUGGCUGCAAAAAGCUGAUUUUCUUGGAUGACUUUGAGGGAACACCCGAUGGAGAUUGGAUUAAUGGUGUCGUCGACAGCAGGUCCGACAGUUUGACCCAAUUCUUGGGCCCCUAUGGCAUUGGCCAGAACACUACGGCCCGCGAAUUUGGCGUUCCCGGUGAUGCGAAUAGGUUGCACAUUGACUUCUUGUACUAUGAAAUUGGUACUUGGAAUGCCAACAGCGAGUUUGCGAUCAUCAUUGGCGAGACCAAGGUGGACAUGAAGGACUUUGAUCCCGACAUUAGGAAACUAGAAGGACUCAGUGAUGGCAUCUUCUGGUCUCGACACCGACUCGAGACGGCAGGAGCACUCACGUAUGGAAGUUCGUCUGUUUUGGUCCACAAGGUGACACUGAAUGUGCCCAGCAAGUUCUUUUCGAACGGCAAUUUCAGGAUUGAGUUUGUCCACAACAUGAUCCAACCCAUCGAGACGGAAAGCGGCGGCAUUGGCACCAUCCAGCUCAGCGCCUACUUUGCCGACUGUGUCGACGGUAAAAUUGCGACUUCCACGAAACCGUUCAUUACCAUUCUCACGAGUCCAGCUACGGCGUGGAGUGACGGUGUCCUGGACUGUCCCACGGGCAGUAUCUGGCUCGAAUGCUUUGCCGAUCCCACCACCAAUGCCAAGAGUUAUCCGAGAACGGCUCAUGUUCGCUACGAAGAGAGCUAUGGCGGAUACGUCUGUACCCAAGACUUGUGCACGGACUGUAUUGGAAGCAUUACGGUCGAUUCGGUCACCGUGUUGGACGAUGGAGCGACUCUGUUUGAUGUCAGCUCGGACGAUUUCCUGUUUACCGCAUUUGGCGUGGAAGCCGGAGGUGACUUUUCCGGUCUCUUAUUGCAACCUCCCGUGAACGAGCAACUUGGACUCGGCAAGGCGGACGAGACGAACAAGGUUAGUCAUACCGAAUUCUGCUUGCAACCAAUUGGUGGAGCACCAGCAGGUCGAAGUCUAGCAGAGGCAGAGGAAGCAGAGGAAGAAGCAACUCCUGGCUGCCAUUCGGCAUUUGCCUAUUUCAGCAAGGACAAGUCAACCUGUUUCAAGGAUCUUGGCUUUUCUGGCGAUGAAGGCGAGACUGGUUGGUCCAAUGGCAUGUUUGCCCCCUCGACGGUCCCAUACUCGUUUGAUAUUUACGCCAAUGCCGACGACUGCAACGUCGGUCGCGGUCCACUGCUUGGUUCCUUGACGUUGGAAUACGAUGGAGAACGAGCGGUUGUCUCGUACGAGGCGACGGCGUCCCUGUAUUUGAAAGAGACAUCGACGUAUGUCGGCAAGAACGUAUUGCCGUUGGAUGGAAGUUCCGAGACUGUCGACCCCAGUCGCUUCCCCAUAUGGCACGGAGACGAGUUGCUCUCCGGAUCGACUGUGGAUGGAUUUGAAAUGUCUGGUUUUGGUGGUGAUGGUAUUUCCAUUGUGGCCUUUGCCACUAUUUGUGAUGCGACAACCACCAAAGCACCGAAAAAGACGGAAGAAGCGCCCAAGACGGCGGUUGCCAUGGUCGCCACUCCAGUAGUCGAGAACGAUGCGAGCAGCAAGACGGUCUCGUGUCAAUCUGCCUUUGCGUAUAUGAAUGCGGAAAUGUCCACCUGCUUUAGCGAUAUGGACAAUGCUGGACAAGACAGCUUUGGUUGGUCGAAUGGACUAUUUGGUCCAUCUUCCGAGCCGUACCGUAUGAAUGCCUACACGGGCAGCAGUGGAUGUCAACGCAAUCAAUUGGUCGGUUCCGUAGCGGUCACGCACAAAGACGGUCAAGUGGAUGUUCGUUUCGAGGCGGCGCCCCACCUUUGGUUGCAAGCAACGCAUGUCUAUGUCGGCAAGAAUUGGCUUCCCACAUCGCAAGAAGAUGGCGAAGGCACCAUGGAUCCUCGUCAAUUCCCCGUCGUGCACACAAGUCUAGACAAGGCUGCCACCAGUGACACGUCCGUGGUUCGUGUGAGCACCAAUGAUCCCGUCGUGGUUGUGGCGCAUGCGACAAUCUGUGGUGUCUUUGAUGCUGAGAGCGAUGGCACAACCAUGGCAGACGACAAUCACGGUCUCCGCGGCGGUACCACUCCUGCCCCAGUCAUGAUCGAAGACAGCUCUUGGAGCAAUCGAUUGUCCAAUCUUUGGUAA